AGAAGGCUGAUUAUGUCGCUUUCCCCACACCGGAUCUCAUAGGAGCCGAUCCGAGCUACUUAUCAGAGAGAGAGGCUAAUUCUGCUCCCACCCCAACAUCACCACAUGAAUAAUCUGGAGGCGCUGAGCUCGAUAGCAAGACUAAGCGACAAUGUCGUCAGAGUCUUAGGGCAGAAUCCAGGCAAGUUCACUCUACAAGGUACCAACACCUACAUCAUCGGAAAGAGAAACCCGUAUGUUCUCGUCGAUACAGCGGAAGGCCGCGAAGAAUACAUCGCUGUUCUCGAAUCCGCUCUCCGAGAGACGGCUGUAUCUUCUAAUACCGACGAACCCCACAUUUCCGACAUCAUACUUUCACAUUGGCACCAGGACCAUGUCCGUGGGUUGCCUUCUGUUCUUGCUCUCCUGCGGCGCUUAUGGGAUGAAAGAGAACAUACGGGUCCGUUCGAGCCCCCUCGUUUGCAUAAAUUCCCCAUUCCCGCGGGAACUUUCUCUCCGAAAUAUCAAGUUCUCUCUUCAGUCAUUGACCAUUUGCUGGUCGGUUCUUUUACUCCCACCGUUGAUGGAAAACCCUUGCAUGACCUUACCGACUUUCAACAAUUCAUGAAUCUGCGUGUUCUACAUACCCCAGGACAUACCAUUGAUUCUAUCUGCUUGUAUAUUCCCGACGAUGAAGCCCUUUAUACUGCAGAUAGUGUUUUGGGUCAAGGCACAGCAGUUUUUGAGGAUCUUUCUCGCUACAUAUCCAGCUUGCGAAAGAUGUUGGAUUUCGGCAAGGACCCCCAAACCCCAUAUCCAUACCGGCGUUUGUAUCCUGGUCAUGGACCGGUAGUCGAAGAUGGAGAGCAGGUAAUAUCCACCUAUAUUCGACAUCGUAUAGAGCGAGAGGACCAGAUCAUUGCAUUACUUCGUUCCCCCAAUCAGACAACCUGGACCACAUGGUCACUCGUUUCGAAGAUUUAUUCAGCCUACCCCGAAUCUCUCUGGCUCCCUGCAGCUCAUAGCGUUGACCUGCAUCUGAAGAAGUUAGAGAAGGAUGGGGUUGUGAACAGAUUGGGCGGUGCAGACGAACAUACGAAUUGGGGAUUGACAUUGAAGCUCUAGUAUCUGUCUUUUUCUUGGAUAAGCAUACAUUUUUUUUUCUUUCUUUUUUUCUGAUAGAGCGUUGUAUCAAAUACUUUUUACCUUGCAAUCAACUAGGUUGAUCCAAG